CACAGCAGAGCUAACUAUUAUUAUUGUGUUGUCAAUCGUUACAUUUUGUUUUGUAAAAUGGUAGAAGGACCGGGAUGCACGUUGAACGGUGAAAAAAUCCGCUCAAAAGUUCAGAAAGGACAAAAGGUUAAGGAAAUUCGUGGAGGAGCAACACCAUCGGCUGUGGAAGCUGUGAGGACCUCGUACCAAGCAUUCUGGGGAUGUCCCUACACCGGGGUGGACACUCUCGGAAAGGAGUUGUUCCUGUACUUUGGACAAAGAGCGCUUAGGGUACAUUUUGGCAUGAAUGGGUCCAUGCGCAUCAACCCAGCGGCGGAGAGGAAAGACCAGCGGGGCUCGUUGCCGGUACUGGUGGUACAGCUGACCAAUGACUGCAUCUGCUUCUAUGAUUCCACUGUGGAGAUCAGGCUCGUAGCUGAUUGUGAGCAGAGAGCUCGUUCCAUGGAGAGUCUGGACGUCUGCUCGCCCAAGUUCAGCGCUGCCCGUGCAGAGGAGACCAUGAGGGCGGAGCGUGGCCGCAUGCUUUGUGACGUUCUCCUAGACCAGGCCGUGCUCCCCGGGGUCGGGAACAUCAUCAAGAACGAGGCUCUAUUCGACAGCGGGCUCCAUCCUGCCAUCAAGGUGUCCCAGUUGUCCAGUGAGCAGGUACGCCAUCUGGUGAAAAUGACUCGGGAUUUCACAUUGCUCUUUUACAAGUGUCGCAAGACUGGUUCGGCCCUUUCCAGACACUACAAGGUCUACAAGCGGCCGCAGUGUGGACAGUGCAGCAGCAGCAUCACCGUCUGUCGCCUAGGUGAUAACGGCCGCAUGACCUACUUCUGCCCACUCUGCCAGAAGGCUGACCCAAACCAGGUGAACAUCAGCAAACUCCCAACUCGCAACACUCUGAUUGGCUGGGCUUACCAAGGAGGCAGCACCAAUGACCAUAUCGCGAAGAAGGAGGAAGAAGAGUGGGCCUGUCACCUCUGCACUCUCAUCAACCGGCCAAUCAACACGUCCUGUGAGGUUUGCCUGACCCCACGACUAGAGGCCCCACCACAGGAACAUCAGGAGCAGCCGUCUGACUCAGCAGACUUCUCCACCACACAUCUGAUUAAGUACCCAUGCAUCCCCUUCACUAAGCCUGUCCAGGAGCUUAAGAUGAACCGGCGUGCUGCCUUUGGCCACACUACCCUUGUCCUGUCAGACCUCAGCACACCGCCCCCUGGUGGAGCGCGCACCGCAACUACAGCAACACCAACACCAACACAAGUCAACAGGGAGAUGCAGAGUAGCCCUUACGAUGGUAUUAGUAUGGCAAAGAUGAAGACCGAUGUGGGAGGAUCCUACACGCCGCCAUGUAAGAGGGCAAAAACAGACAGUGGGUCGGGUCCGAUUUACUCUGGGACGUCACCAUACCAGUAUCAUGGCUCUAACAGGAAGGAAAACCACUCUUCCUCCUCUCCCAAGAUACCUUGCUGCACGUCUCACGGCCGUGCGUGUGUGCUGCGCGUGGUGAACAAAGACGGCGAGAACCGCGGCAGGCAGUUCUACUCAUGCGCUCUCCCGCGCGAGACCAAGUGCAACUUUUUUGAGUGGGCAGAUCUUCACUUCCCUGCCUGUAACCAUGGCAAACGGACCUUGAUGAGGACGGUGCUGAAAAUGGGCCCAAACAAUGGCCGCAACUUCUACACCUGCCCUAUGAAGCGAGGCCAGCAGUGUGACUUCUUCCAGUGGGCCGAGAACGGACCAGGAGUCAGCAUCCUGCCUGGCUGCUGAACACACGAACACACACACACACACACACACACACACACACACACACACACACACCUCAACACACACCUCAACACCUCUGUCCUGGUCAGACAGUGGUGUUGUAGUUGCAGAGAGGACCACAUUGUGACUUCUUCCAGUGGGCUAAGAACAGACUGGCAGUUGGCAUCAUACACACUCACACAAAUACACUCAGACAAUAUUUGAAUCACAAAACCGCAUUAUUUUGGCUCAAUAUUCUGUAUGUAUGUAUGUGAAAUAAUUACUGUAUAGAUGGUUAAAUUUAAUCAUAAUUACAUAGCAAUAGUGACUUUGAAUAAUGAAUUGUUCAUUAUUAUUUAUUCAAUUGUUAAUUGAAUGUUUUGUGGCUCAAAUGUGUACAACACACAUAGGCUACUGCUGUCCUGGUCAAGCAGUAGUGUUGUUGCAGUGCACACAGUUACCUUUUGUACCCCAAAGUCAUAGAACAAUUACAGCUGAUUUCAAGAAGGAUGUUUCCCUUCUGCCUUGUUUUUUUAUGCAAUGCUGGUCAUUGACAUGCAGAGGGGUCUUGUUUUAACUGAGGUGUGAAGCUGGCCUUGUUUCAUGUGUGCUCGCUGGAGCUCGUAGUGGACAGCGUGAGCUGCCAUGUCUAAGCCACGCCACCGACGGCCCCUGUGGGGAGCCCUGACGGGACGACCUGAUUUACACCAAGCCACAGCGUGCAAAAUAUCUCUCUCAAACACACACACGCACUUUCACUCUCCCCCACCUGUCGUAGCCUUUCCAGAUCAGUGUGGUUACUGCAUGUGCAGAAAGACUGAUUCUUUAUCUCUCGCUCACCACACACACACACACACACACUCUCACUCUCUCUCAGUCUCCCCCCUUGUUGUGGUCAGACAAGAGUGGUAAGCUUGUCAUUCUGACUGAGCAGGAAUAGACAAUUUCCCUUCUUCACGCCGGGCUGAUUAGCCACGUCAGGUUGAGCUAUGCCCUGAAUAGGAAAUAGGCGGGCAGCCAUUUUGGCUGAAGAGCGUCAGGGCAGGAGGCUGGAACAGAGAGAGAGAUGAGUUGGACGUGGCAGGAUGGGGAACCCUGUGGAGAACUGCAUGCACCUCCGGUACCGGCAGCCCAGGGUUCUAGAACCAGUUGAGUUCUGGCAUGACUGAUGACCAACAUACCUGUUUCACACAUCACAGGUGUAAUUGGUUCCAGGUAGAUGGCCGCCAGCCUGACCAGGCAUCAACCUCGUACAUGAUACUGGAGUUGUGUGGGUGUAAAAAUGAAUGUAUGUCUCAAAUAAAAUGUUCAAUUUGCUGAAGACAAUUGAA